GUCACUGCCGCACCUGCGCAGCCAUCUUGUAUUCUAAGCGAUAGGGAGAGGGAAGAAAAAAGAAAAAUAAACCUGUCUGAGAAGAAGAUACAUUUUUAAAAGGCCCUUUGUAAAUACAUGUCUGUAAAACGUAAAUAAGGACAGGUGAAGAGAGUGUGAUAAGUAUAUUGUUAACUAGCUAUCUACCUAACCUGAACAUAUCGCGUCCAUUCGACUCAUUUGCUUCCAGCAGGAGAGAAAGAGAGGAACUGAGGAGACGAACCAUCGACUGAAAAAAAACUGAGUCUGACCGGAGACACGCCAUGAAUCCCGAAUAUGAUUAUCUAUUCAAGCUCCUCCUGAUUGGUGAUUCUGGUGUUGGCAAGUCCUGCCUCCUGCUUCGAUUUGCUGAUGACACCUACACAGAGAGCUACAUUAGUACCAUUGGGGUUGACUUCAAGAUCCGCACCAUUGAGCUGGAUGGCAAGACCAUCAAACUGCAGAUUUGGGACACAGCCGGCCAGGAGCGGUUCCGCACCAUCACCUCCAGCUACUACCGGGGAGCCCACGGCAUCAUCGUGGUGUACGACGUCACGGACCAGGAGUCCUACAACAACGUGAAGCAGUGGCUGCAGGAGAUCGAGCGCUACGCCAGCGAGAACGUCAACAAGCUGCUGGUGGGGAACAAGUGUGACCUCACCACCAAGAAGGUGGUGGACUACACCACCGCCAAGGAGUUUGCCGACUCCCUGUCCAUCCCCUUCCUGGAGACCAGCGCCAAGAACGCCACCAACGUGGAGCAGGCCUUCAUGACCAUGGCGGCGGAGAUCAAGAAGCGCAUGGGGCCGGGGGCCACGGCCGGCGGGGACAAGCCCAACCUGAAAUUCGACAGCACCCCCGUCAGGCAGUCCGGGGGGGGCUGCUGCUAGAGACUCUGCCCCUCACCAGCACAACCACCACCACCACCACCCCCACCCCCCCCCCCCCCCCCC